AUGACCCAGAAUUACUACACCAACUCAGCGCUUCACAAACCCUCAGGCAGAGGGCGACAAAAUGGCGCCGGUGCCCGCUCGAGUGACAGGGACGGGCAGGAAGGGAAACGGGCAGCAGCGGGACAGACGGGACCAUGCUGCUGGGGACCGUCAACUGAGCAGCGGCAGACUCCCCCAGGUCACACUGGGAAGACCCUCACCAUGCCCGGCUGCGGCUCCGAGCUUCUCCCGUCUGGACUCCUCGACCCGGCGGUACCUAUCCGGGAUAUCAGGACCAAGUUCGCGGUGCUCAUCCGGCUCAUCCAGGUUGGAGAAGUUAGCAACCGAGACAUUGUGGAAACAGUCUUCAACCUGUUGGUUGGUGGUGAGUUCAACCUGGACUCAAACUUCCUCAUUCAGGAUGUGGAGAGGUUGUGCUGCAUGGUGGAACUUCUGGGUCACUGUAACGUCACAUGCCAGGCUGAGAUCUGGAGCAUGUUCACAGAGAUCCUCCGAAAGAGUCUGAGGAACCUCCAGAUCUGCUCCGAGGUGGGCCUCCUCCGAAUGGUGCUGCUCGCCAUCAGCUCUGUGGACCGCAAGGUUGCAGAUAUAUUGGUGGAUUUGUUGGGGGUCCUGGCCAGCUACAGCAUCACAGUGAAGGAAGUGAGACUCCUGUUGUGCACCCUGCAGACAGAGGGGGCGCUGUGGCCCAAACAUGCAGAGAAGGUGCUGUCCGUCCUGACCCUGACGGCACACAGACACAGCCCCGACGCCUUCUUCAACUUCCCUGGACACAGCGCUGCGGCUGUUGCUUUACCUCCCAUUGCCCAUUGGCCUUACCAGAGCGGCUUCACAUUCAGCUGCUGGUUCAGACUGGACCCUUUGAACAGCAGGAGCACGGACAAGCCAUAUCUCUACUGCUUCCGCACCAGUGAAGGCGUGGGCUACUCCGCCCACUUCACAGGACAGAACCUGAUUGUGACGUCACUCAAGUCCAAAGGCAAAGGCUUCCAGCAUUGUGUCCAGUACGAUUUCCAGCACAAGAAGUGGUACAUGGUCAGUGUGGCUCACGUGUACAGCCGCUGGAGAAACAGUGAGGUCCGCUGCUAUGUGGACGCACGGCUGGUGUCCUAUGGAGACAUGGCCUGGCAUGUCAACACCAACCACAGUUUUGAUAAGUGCUUCCUCGGCUCCUCUGACACAGCGGACACUAGCAGAGCCUUUUGUGGACAGAUGGGAGCGGUCUAUGUGUUCAGUGAAGCUCUCAACUCUGCACAGAUAUUUGCUAUUCAUCAGCUUGGACCUAGUUAUAAGAGCAUAUUCAAGUAUAAAUGGGAGAGUGACGUUGUCCUAGCAGAGCACCAUAAACAGGUCUUGUAUGACGGCCAACUGUCCCGCUCCAUCGUCUUCACAUACAACGCCCAGGCCACAGACGCCCAGCUGUGUCUGGACUCCUCUCCCCAAGAGAACACUUCCAUCUUUGUGCACUCACCACACGCACUCAUGCUACAGGGCGUGACAGCCACAGUGACACACUCCUUGCACCGCACCCUCCACUCCAUCGGGGGGAUCCAGGUGCUCCUCCCUCUCUUCGCUCAGCUGAACUCUCUUGGGCCAAACGACGGCCAAAGGGUCAGCAGUGCAUGUGCCUCUCUUCUGUCCCUCCUCUUCGACCUCCUCAGGAGCUCUGUGUCGAUGCAGGAGCAGAUGUUGGGUGUGAAGGGUUUUCUGGUGAUCGGGUAUCUGCUGGAGAAGUCCUCCCGUGAGCACCUCAGCAUUUCCAUUCUGGAGUACUUCCUGUCCUUUGCCAAGUACCUGGACACUCUUCCACAUGGAGCUGCUCUCCUCAAACAGCUGUGUGACCAUAUCCUGCUCAACAGCGCCCUCUGGAUACACACACCAGCUCAGGUGCAGCAGUCUCUCUACACCUACCUGUCCUCUGAGUUCAUGGGCUUCUACUCCCUCUCUAGCUCCAUCCGUAGGCUGGGCACGGUACAGCAGCUCAUGCAUGCUCUCAUGUUUUACUACUGGGCCUGUGAUCCCACGCUCACCAGCGCCAUUACAGCCAAGGGGCUCGAUGGACCCAGACCUACCCAGAAGGAAGUCAUGUGUCUGCGGGCAUCCAUGCUGCUCUUUCUUAAACAGCUCCUCCUAAAGGACGGUGGAGUAAAGGAGGACGAGGUGCAGUGCCUUGUGAACUAUCUUUUAACGAUGCAGGAGGAUGAUAAUCUGCUGGACGUUCUGCAGAUGGUGGUAGCCCUCAUGUCAGAGCAUCCAGCCUCUAUGGUCCCUGCAUUUGACCACACACAUGGGAUCAGAGUGAUCUACAAACUGCUGUCGUCCGAAAGCCAGAACAUUCAAGUCCACUCCCUGAAAGCGCUUGGCUAUUUCCUGCAGCAUUUGGGACACAAGAGGAAGGCAGAGCUGAUGCAGGGCCACAGUCUCUUCACUCUACUGGGGGUCAAGCUCAUGGGUCACUCCUGCACUGUCUCCAUGAUGACCUACAACACGCUCUACGAGAUCCUGACUGAGCAGAUGUGCACUGAGGUGGUCCACAAACCUCACCCAGACCCGGAUUCAACAGUCAAAAUUCAGAACCCAAUGAUUCUGAAGGUGGUGGCCACUCUGCUGAAAAACGCAGCCCCAUGUUCAGAGCUCAUGGAAGUCCAGACACUCUUCCUGUCUGAUCUGCUCAAACUCCUUAGCAGCAGUCGUGAAAACAGAAGGUGCCUCCUUCAGUGCUCCGUGUGGCAGGACUGGAUGUUUUCCUUGGGCUUCUUCCAGCCCAGGACCUCAGAGGAGCACAAGAUGAUGGAGAUGGUCUACAGCAUCUUCAGGAUCCUGCUGUACCAUGCUGUCAAACAUGAGUGGGGCGGCUGGAGGGUGUGGGUGGACACUCUCUCCAUAGCACACGCCAAGGUGACCUAUGAGGCACAUAAGGAGUACCUGGACCAAGUAUAUGAAGUUCACCAGGAUGGAGAAGGAGUCGACGUCACAAAGCAGAAGAUCUCACAAACCUCAAGCCAACCAUCUGGCAUCCACACAGCUAACAGUAACAUGGACUACAAAGGCACCAGCUUUUUAACCAAUGGAAAACCACAUCUGCCUCCUAUCCAGGAAGUAGGGGGCGGGGUCAAAGUUGUAGUCCAGGAAGUGUUGGUUGAUCUUAAAGAUGAUAAAACAGAAACACAAACCAACAAUCUAGACUUACCCACAAGAGUUGAAAUGAAUGCGCUGUUAGAUAAUUUUUAUUCAGGGGAGCUAAAUGCUAAUUUCCCUAGCACAGAAGAGCCGAAGAUACCAGCACUGAUAACUUUAGAAGAUGACAAGGAUCACGUUACAACUAAUUUUAUUUUUAAAAAUAUCAAUGACAAAAUAUUGACUCCUUCCAAGGCUCUGGUAGUGUCCAAAAACGUGCAGACAUCUUUGAUCCAAAUCCGAUCUCCACUGCGAUCUUUGCCGAUUAUUCUGGAAAAGGAUGAAUUUGACUUCCAGGCGACAUUUGGGGAAACUGGGGCUGAUAAGAACAAGGCUGGGUCUGAGCACACCCAAAGCCCUUGGGACAGGGGUGAUGGGAGGGCAGGGUAUGAGAGGAGAGCAGGGGGCGGGGAUGCAGUAGAAGAGAGAGAGCAGGAGGUGAAGACAAGACAGACCACAGGAAGACAGCUUGGUUUUUAGGGAACAUACAUGACCGAGGAGCAGAGGUGCGAGUUCAGCCCGGGACCUCGCACCGCCAUGUUCCGUAUUCCAGAAUUCACCUGGUCCCCCCUGCACCAGAGACUGCUGACAGACCUGCUGUGUGCACUGGAGAGGGACGUGUGUGCCUGGAGGAGUCAUUCGUCGAAAUCGGUGAUAGAGUUUGUGAACAGCAGUGAGAACCUCAUCUUUGUACAUAACACGAUGCACGUGCUCUGUCAGCUGGUGGACAACCUGAUCACAUGCUGUGGAGGGAUCCUACCUCUGCUCUCUGCUGCUGCUACUCCUGCUUCUCGGUCAGAGCAGAGCCUGGAGCCUGCUCAGGGCCUGGAACCUCCUCAGGGCCUGGAGCCUCCUCAGGGCCUGGAGCCUCCUCAGGGUUUGUUGCCACAUGUGGCUCUGUCCCUGCUGUCUCGUCUCCUGGUUGUGGUGGACGUCCUGGUCUUUUCCAGCUCCCUUAACUUCAGUGAGAUGGAGGCGGAGAAGAACAUGGCUCCUGGAGGACUGCUGCGACAGUGCCUCAGGCUGGUUUGCUGUGUGGCCGUGAGGAAGUGUGUGAACCGCAGCCAGGUUCCACCCCCCAGCACCCAGGACGCAGCACUAAACUCCAGCCAGAUCACUAAAAUAGUUAAACAUGCAUGGAUGACAUCUAAAACCUCUUCAGAGGCUCUCCCUGGUCACACAUCUCCUCUCUGGGACUCAGAGUGCCUCCUGCAGGACGAGGACAUAAACCGCCUUCGGGCUGUGGUCUUCAGAGACGUAGACGACAGUAAACAGGCCCAAUUCUUGGCCCUGGCUGUGGUCUACUUCCUGUCUGUCCUCAUGGUGUCCAAGUACCGGGAAAUCCUGGAGCCGCGACGAGAAACGGACAGGAACAGCAGCCAACUGGGGCUCAGCAGACAGGAAGUCAAGUCUCACGCUAACUCAGCGUGUGAGAGGGAGCUGCCUGGAUCCUCUCAGUCCACCCAUCACGUACCCCUCCUCCAGCCCUUGGCCCCUGGGAGCAGAGAGGAGCAGGGGCCCAGACUCCUGAAUGGGACAGUGCCUUUAUGCCCCCCCCCCUCCUCCUUUGUCUCCAGCGUCAGAGGCCCCAGUGUAAAGGAAAUCCUCAGGAGCCUGGUGGCGUCCCCUGUGGACGAAGUGGACACAGGACAAGAGCCUCUGUUCUGUACUGAGCAUGCUUCAAAGACUACAGCUUCGUUGCCCAUGCAGUUCCACUCAUUUGACAGGAGUGUGGUGGUGCCGGUAAAGAGACCCUCCUAUGGCACCACCAGUCAGGGCUCUGGCCCUGGCUCUGGUUCUGACGCUGGCUCUGACCCUAGCUCUGUGCCUGGCUCUGGCUCUUCUGACCCUGCCUGCAGGCCUUCUGGUGUGAACACUCCACAUCUCUUCUGUGGCUCCUCUGUGUCCAAGAGUAUCAUCAACACCACAGGUUAGACCUCUUCCUGCUCUUCCUCUUCCUCCUCCUCCUCCUCCUCCUCCUCCUCGUCCAGUCUGAUGAAUGGAGGCUCCUCUCAGACCCUGCGGCCCAUCCUGGAGGACAGUCUGAGUGCUCAGCUGGAGAGGGUGCUACAAAAGGGAGCUCCUCUGCUCAGGGAGAUCUUGGUGGACUUUGCUCCGUUCCUGUCGCGCACUCUUCUGGGGAGCCAUGGACAGGAGCUGCUCAUAGAAGGUCUGGUGUGUAUGAAGUCCAGCACGUCGGUGGUGGAACUGGUUAUGCUCUUAUGUUCUCAGGAGUGGCAGAAUACCAUCCAGACGAAUGCUGGCCUGGCGUUUGUCGAGCUAAUCAGUGAAGGAAGGGUGCUGUGCCACGCCAUGAAGGACCACAUCGUGCAGGUGGCCAAUGAAGCAGAGUUCAUCCUGAAGAGACAGAGAGCUGAAGAUGCUCACAAACAUGCCCAGUUUGAAUCCAGCUGUUCCCAGUACGCUGCAGAGAGGAGAGAGGAGGAGAAGCUACGCCACCAUCUUCUGAAUGCCGCCCAUCAACGCAACCACGUCACAGCUGACCAGCUCAGGCAGAAGAUCAUCAGCACGCACACCAACCAGCAGGGGGCCUGGGUGACGCCGGCACACAGCCACAUGCAGGACUUCUGGAGGUUGGAUUACUGGGAGGACGACCUGAGGAGGAGGAGGAGGUUCAUUAGAAACCCCUUUGGCUCCACAUACCUGGACAUACCCUGUAGGAGCUUGUACGACAAUGUUCCAGAGAAGGACAAGGUGGUCCAGCUGAGUAACAUCAUGAGGACCCAGCCUCUGCACAGCCCAGGCCCCGACACAGAGCUGCUCCUGGGGGAAGAAGAGGACGACUAUGGCCUGCUCCAGGACAGAGACCUGGACACUGUCGGAGCUCUAUUUCUAUCUUGUCUCGUGUUCCUGUGCGCAGGGUCGGUGGUUCUGAGCAGCCCGGCGCAGCUCGUGGCCCCUGCUCUCGUGGCUAACGGCACCGUCUACAUCACCUCCACCGAGAUCUACUUCGAGGCGGAUGAAGAUGACCCGGUGUUCCGAGCGGCAGACGCCAAGGUGCUGUCGUACACUGAGGGCCUCCAUGGGAAGUGGAUGUUGAGUGAGAUCAGAGCAGUGUUCUCCAGACACUACCUCCUGCAGAACACGGCAUUGGAGGUCUUCAUGGCCAACAGGACCUCCGUCAUGUUCAACUUCCCAGACCAGGCCACGGUGAAGAGGGUUGUGCACAGUCUUCCUCAGGUGGGAGUGGGCACCAGCUUUGGACUGCCCCAGUCCAGGCGGGUUUCCUUGGCGACACCACGACAGCUCUUCAAAUCGUCCAACAUGACCCAGCGCUGGCAGAGGAGGGAGAUUUCCAACUUCGAAUACCUGAUGUUCUUGAACACUAUAUCGGGGAGAAGCUACAACGACCUGGGCCAGUACCCCGUGUUCCCCUGGGUCCUGUCCAACUAUGACUGUCCCCAUCUGGACCUCACACUGCCUGGGAACUUCAGAGAUCUGUCAAAGCCAAUGGGAGCCCUGAACCCCAAGCGUGCAGCCUUCUUCGCUGAUCGCUAUGACAACUGGAGCGACGAGCAGACCCCUCCUUGUCACUACAGCUCUCACUAUUCCUCUGCCAGCUCCGCCCUGCACUGGCUCAUACGCACUGAGCCGUUCACCACAUUCUUCCUGUCCACUCACGGACACAGAUUUCCUCAUCCGGAUCGGACGUUCUCCGGGAUCAGCCGCUCUUGGACACUCUGCCAGAGGGACACUGCAGAUGUCAAGGAGCUGGUCCCAGAGUUGUUCUACCUGCCGGAGAUGUUGGUGAACUGUAAUGACUACCCUUUGGGGCUGAGGGAGGGGCGGAACCUGGUGUGUGAUGUGGAACUGCCAGCAUGGGCCAAGACCCCCGAGGACUUUGUCAGGAUUCACCGCAUGGCUCUGGAGAGUGAGUUUGUGUCCUGUCAGCUGCAUCAGUGGAUAGACCUGAUCUGGGGCUACAAGCAGAGAGGACCAGAGGCGGCCCGCGCCCUCAACGUCUUCCCCCACUUCACCUACCAAGGAUCUGUGUGUCUACAGAGUAUCAGCCACCGCCCAACCAGACAGGCCACGGAGGCGUACAUCCAGAGACUUGGACAGACUCCAUCCCAGUUGCUUAUCGAGCCACAUCCUCCACGCAGCUCCGCCUUGCACCUGUGUUUUUUGCCUUGUCUCCAGAGCCCUCUGAUGUUGAAGGACCUGGUCAUGGUUCUGAAGUUCCCAUCCAACUCUCCAGUCACCCAUGUCUCAGCCAACACCCUUCCCCAGCUCAGCACCCCGGCCGUGGUCACCGUCACCUGCAGCCGCCUGGUCGCUCUCAACCGCUGGAACAACACUGUGGGUCUGAGAGGAGCUCCUGGAUACUCCCUGGAACAGGCCCAACACCUGCCCAUAGAGAUGGACCCUCUCAUUGCCAACGAUUCGGGAAGCAACAAGCGUCAGAUCAGGGAGCCGGUGGACCACAGCGUUCCGAUCGGAGCGCAGUGUUUCGUGGUGACAGCUGACAACGGCUACAUCCUGGUGUGUGGCUUCCGGGACCGCAGCCUCCGAGUCUACUCCACCGAGACAGGUAGGCUGGUCCAGGUGGUGUUUGGGCACUGGGACGUGGUAUCAUGUCUGGCCCGCUCGGAGUCCUACAUCGGGGGAGACUGUUACGUCGUGUCAGGGUCCAGGGAUGCCACUCUGCUGCUGUGGUACUGGAGCGGGAGACACAACAUGAUCGGCGAUAACCCAACCAACAGCGAGUACCCAGUCCCUCGAGCUGCACUGACAGGUCAUGACCAGGAGGUGGUGUGUGCGGCGGUGUGCGCAGAGCUGGGUUUGGUCUUCAGUGGAGCUAAAGAGGGCCCAUGCCUGGUCCACACCAUCACUGGAGAGCUGCUGCGGGCUCUGGAGGGCCCUGACCACUCCUCGGGGCCCCUUCUCAUCUCUGUGUCCUCUGAGGGUCACUGCAUCGUCUGCUACAAGCACGGGCACGUCUGCAGCUUCAGCAUCAAUGGAAAACUGCUGGCACACAUGGAAAUCCAGGACUCCACUAGGGCCAUGGUCCUCAGCAGUGAUGGCUUGUGUCUGCUGACCGGAGGAGACCGGGGGGUGGUGGAGGUGUGGCAGGCGUGGGACCUCUCUCUCCUGUACACCUACCCGGGCUGUGACGCAGGGAUUCGGGCUAUGGACCUGUCCCAUGACCAGAGGACUCUUAUCACUGGAAUGGCGUCUGGCAGUAUCGUAGCAUUCAACAUCGACUUCAACCGCUGGCACUUUGAGCACCAGAGCAGAUACUGA